AAUAAGAAAAAGCGGAGGAAGAAGGGUUGACUCUCUUGCAUGCUGCACUCUUUGACUCUGCUGCCUAGCAACAAACAUUAGCGAGCUAGCCAGCUGCCUGAUUAGCUACUUUCAUGCGCAACGUAGUUAGCUGCAACGUAGGCUCGGGGAUAGACAGCAGUGCCUUUUCAUCCCGUAAAUGUCACAGAUUUCACUCAAUUGUCGAAGUUAAUUAGACUUUAUCUGCCGUUUUGAAGCGGAGAACAUUAGGUCUGUACAGCCAUUAACUAGAUAUCAUUAACGGGCGGAGCAGAAGAUUCUUUUCUCUGGAAAAAGGGGCUAACCUUAGCUAGGUAACGUAACCUUAGCACCAGAGUCACUAGCGUCUCCUCUUGCCACAGAGAAGAGCAGAGAGAGGCAGUAGCGUUAGAUAUGUGAUUGUGGGUUAGUUGGCUGGUUAGCUCAUCUAAGUUAAUGUUGGCGGACACUGGUUGAGUUGAAACGUGAUUUUACAGGUGGUAUAUGUGUUCGUGUCACAUCACACAAACUACCCAGGCAGAGUGGAACUGAGAAAACCAGCCAGACGUCGCCACCAUGUUGGAGGAGGACAUGGAAGUGGCCAUCAAGGUGGUCGUGGUCGGCAACGGAGCUGUCGGCAAGUCCAGUAUGAUCCAACGUUACUGCAAGGGCAUCUUCACUAGGGACUACAAAAAGACUAUCGGAGUGGACUUUCUGGAAAGGCAGAUACUUGUAAAUGAUGAAGAGGUCCGACUAAUGCUGUGGGACACUGCUGGACAGGAGGAGUUUGACGCCAUUACCAAGGCCUACUACCGUGGUGCCCAAGCAUGUGUGCUAGUCUUCUCUACCACAGACAGGGAGUCGUUUCAGGCUAUUGACAGCUGGAGGGAGAAGGUGGAGGCAGAGGUCGGAGAUAUUCCCACAGUUCUAGUGCAGAACAAAAUUGACCUCCUGGAAGAGACUGUUAUAAAAAACGAGGAGGCAGAAGCUUUGGCUAAAAGGCUCAAGUUGAGAUUUUAUCGCGCUUCAGUAAAAGAGGACCUUAAUGUCACCGAGGUUUUUAAGUACUUAGCAGAGAAGUAUCUUCAGCGACUUAAACAGCAAACAGCAGAGGAAACAGAGGUGGUCCAUACAACAAGCAAUAAAAUAGGUGUUUUUAAUACCACAAGUAGUAAUGUCUGCAACCAGAGCUCCAGCAACGGCAGAGAAGUCAUCACUUUGCGACCUAACAAACAAAGGACCAAGAAGAGUAAAAAUCCAUUUGGAAGCUGCAGCCUACUCUAGAUAACAUCAUUUAACUUUAGUGACUGACUAUUGUUUCUCAGACUAGAUUGGUCAUUGUUGUAUUCUGUGGAGGUAGCCACAAUUAGAGACCAAAGCCCAAACAGACUGGGAAAUACUACUCUAUACUACUUUAAUAACCUGAUGUUUAAAGUUGUUUCCCCACAUUGAUGGUUGAAUUUUCUUUGAUUAAGCCUAGGAUCUCCAUCAAUGAUCUGCGCACAAAACCUGUCAACGUUUAUACACUCUUGGGUCCUCCUUGUAGUUGCCUUAAGUAACAGCUGCAGCUACAGUACGUGUAUGUUGUGUCAUGAAUUUAAUGAUACUCAAAAAAAAAAACAGAAGAUGGUUUUUACAGUCACCCAGUCCUGUUUUGACAUUUCAACUGUGCAAUAUGUUUGCAUGUAUUGUAGAAGAUACACAGAUUAUUUUGUACCAUAUUUUUCUAACUGUCAACAGAAUAUGGUUCAAACUAUACUGUUUAUCGUGGACGAAACACUAUCGAAUCCAGAGUUAAUUCUCUGUGCAGAAGUAUUUUUGUACGAAUCAGAAAAACAGUGUUGAGUGAUAUUUUCGCUGAAGUGUUGACAUAGUGCCAAAUUUCCUCUUUCUGAGCUGUAGUUAAAUAUUAAUACUGCAGUGAUAUGGAUGUAACAUGAAAAUAAUAGAAUGUGCUUCUAUGUAUAACCAAAUAUCAUUAACUAUUGACACAAACUAGUCCUCUAUAUGACUGCUUACACUACACUUACAGAUUUGUUAACCAAAUUCUAAGACUUUCACAAAGUCUAGGACUUUGUGAUGUAAAACACGAGUUGAAUUAAUGAUACUCUGCUCUUUGAGUCAUAGUACCUCAAGUCACAAUCAGUUAUAGCACAUGUUUUUGAUUGCAGUUGUUUACAUUUUACAUAUUUCAUGCUGUGCCUUUCUUUAACUUUGGUACAGCUUUGAGUAACUCAUUGGUUAGCCUCAAGAGUAAAUAAGUUUCACUACCUAUGUAUUCAGACUUUACUAUAUUUCAAACAGUUCAAACACUAAACAUGGUACAUGUACAUUUGAAUGCCUGAAUAUGCAAGCUUCAGUUUCUUCUCACUACAUGAGAAGACAAAAAAGACCCAAACUAAUGGUCAGUCCUCAAUACAGCGAUUGUGAACUGUAUGUUAUUGCCUUGUCUGCAUCAAGCCAUUUCCAAAACUCAUUAUCUGAAAGACACCAGUUUACCAAGCACAAAGAAUUAUGUGGUGAUGUGGAAACAUCUUAAAUCUCUUGUCUGAAACUAUGAACACUUCCUUAUUAAUAGUUAUAAUUCUAAGUAUUUUACUUGGAAUUAGAAUACAUAGGACAACUGGGAAUACCUGUGCAUGCACAUUUUUCUCUUUUUAAAAAGUUUUGUAACUGAUCUUGGAUUUUCUGUUAGAACCUUUUCCCUGAUUCAAAUGAACUUUAUUCUCAAGUUGAAGUUCAGAUGGGACUGUCUGUUGUGAAAAUCCCAAAAGGGGCUUAAAAUGUGUUCCAGUUAUACCAUUGGUACUAAGAUUGUGUCAUAUUUCAAGCUUUCUCAUUUAGUUGUGCGUAAACAGUGCUGUUUUGAAAAAAAAAAAAAGUGUGGCAUAACCUUGCAUGCAAGCCUUUUUUUCCCACAUCAGUGAAUGUCCAACCAUGGUUGCAAUGCCACAAUGCCUUGUCCAUGUUUACAUUCUCCCCCAUUGACCACCAGUAAGCAUUUUAAUCUCUACUCUUGCUGUUUGUUUAAAAUUGCCUGCACAGUAAAUCUGUAAAUAAUUAUUUCUCAAGCUUUCUCUUAUUUGUAACAUUGUGUUUACUUUGCCUUUUUGACUGAAUGGAUUUAGCGCACUUUACCAUUAAAAUGGCAUAUAAUCUUAAAGAACCAUAAGUUAACUAACCAUACUUAUGUGCUGUCACUCAGGUGUUGUAAUAAUCUUUGUGUCUGUUACUCUACUUUUCUCAAAUGACUUCAUAAACCAAUUUCACACAUUUAGAUGGACAAACCAACAUGUGUAUGCUUUCAGCCUGACAAAAACAACACUCAUUGUUGGAUUUUUGUUUUAACAGUUAAAAAUGUAUCACAACUUGAAGUGUGCCACACAGCUGUGCACCUGAUGUUAUGUUUGGGGGGGAAAGUUGAUGGUGAUCUGACAUAAAUAAAACUUUACUUUUUUCUUGGGCA